ACCUGGCAGUCCAGUCCGCUUAUGACCUCACUGGGCACAGGCCUCCCUAUCCCCAACUCCGCGCCCCGCACAGUCACAAAGUAGCCGAGUGGCCCACGUGGCCAUAGCCCGGGCCGGGGGUGCCGAGCGCGCGAGGGUGCCGGGUUCGGCGAACCUGGGUCAGCCGCCCGAGGGACCGUCGGGUGCGAAAGCGCGGCGCCUCUGGCACGGGCAGGCGCCACCCCCAACGGCGGGGGCUGUUACUAGAAGACAUGUGGCUCUGGUGCCCCUUAGGGUCGCCGACCUGGGAGAAACUACGGGUGCGUCCGCAGAGAAGCUGAGCCCCGCCCGGAGCGGGCAGGGGACAGCUCGCGCGCCUGAGCGGAACCGGCGCUGGCCCUGUCCGCGCCGCGAGGUUAACGGGCGCCAGAAGCGGCAAGCGGAAGGUUAAUGUGUCGCUCAGCUCCUUUUCCUGGCCGUUCGGCCUCUCCUCGCCCCCUCUUCCUCCCGCUCUGCCCGGGCCCAGGUUUCCCCCUCGCCCUUCCCUCGACGUUACGCGUCCCCCGACGAAGCACCAGGAACUCGGAUUAUUCGGGCUAAGCCGCGUUGAUAUAGGUCUGAAACCUUUACAGAGUUCCAGUCAGCCGGCUGGGAAGUAGUCCCGGCCCGGCACUCGGCCCCGCCCCUGCAGGGCGGAGGGACGCAUCACGCAGGGGUGGGGAAGCCGGAUCCGUGCGCAGGGUUGCUAAGGGUGAAACUUUUCAUUGACUUUGCUCACUUCGGGCAGGGGCGCGGGAAGGAGCGGGUCGUCGGCGGGGAGAACCGAGUGGCUUGGGCGACGCGGGGCCAGAAGGGCAAGACCGUCCGCCGGCCACAGCCGGGACCGUCUUCCGCCCCGCGACACGAGCAACCCUCCGGUCCUCCAUCCUCGCGCCGUCGCCGCUGGCCGGCCCGCCCGCCCUCUGUCCCCCGCCGCUGAGCCCGACCUCCAAAAAGCUGAAAGAAUUAUUAUUGAAAUCAUAGCCCAUACCGCCCUCACUCGCUCCCCCAUCCUCAACGAAGAAAAGGACACAUCGGCUCCCGGGAAGGGAGAGCAACCUCCGCCCCGCGCCCAGGACCACCCUGGAGGAAGAAGCCGCCCCGCGGCCGGCACACCGCCCCGCCGCCGCGGAGACCCGACGUUGUCUGGAGCCCAAGGCUGCCCACCUUACAUUUCCUACCACUGUCCUUGGCUUGUGCACGUGCCUGUGCUGAUUCUCUGCCUAGGAAAGGACGAUGCAGCUGGAGAUCAAAGUGGCCCUGAACUUCAUCAUCUCCUACCUGUACAACAAGCUGCCCCGGCGCCGGGCAGACCUGUUUGGUGAGGAGCUAGAGCGACUCUUGAAAAAGAAAUAUGAAGGCCACUGGUACCCUGACAAACCACUGAAGGGCUCUGGCUUCCGCUGUGUCCACAUUGGGGAGAUAGUGGACCCCGUGGUGGAGCUGGCUGCCAAGCGGAGUGGGCUGGCGGUGGAGGAUGUGCGGGCCAACGUGCCCGAGGAGCUGAGUGUCUGGAUUGACCCUUUCGAGGUGUCCUACCAGAUUGGUGAGAAGGGGGCUGUGAAAGUGCUCUACCUGGAUGACAGCGAGGGCUGUGUUGCCCCAGAGCUGGACAAGGAGAUCAAGAGCAGCUUCAAUCCCGAUGCCCAGGUGUUUGUGCCCAUCGGCAGCCAGGACAGCUCCCUGUCCAACUCCCCGUCACCGUCCUUUGGCCAGUCGCCCAGCCCCACCUUCAUGCCCCGCUCCGCUCAGCCCAUCACUUUUACCACCGCCUCCUUCGCAGCCACCAAGUUUGGCUCCACCAAGAUGAAGAAGGGGGGCGGGGCAGCGGGUGGGGGGGCGGGGGGCGGGGCAAGUGGCCAGCAGAUCCCCCAGCAGCAGCCCCGCAUGGCCCGCUCUCCCACCAACAGCCUGCUGAAGCAGAAGAGCCUCUCUCUGUCUCUGCAUUCACUGAACUUCAUCGCCACCAACCCAGCCCCUCAGUCCCAGCUCUCACCCAAUGCCAAGGAAUUCGUGUACAACGGCGGUGGUUCUCCCAGCCUCUUCUGUGAUGGGGCCGAUGGCCAGGGCAGUGGCACCCCGGCCCCCUUUGGGGGCGGUGGGGCUGGCACCUGCAACAGCAGCAGCUUCGACAUGGCCCAGGUGUUUGGAGGUGGCGCUAACAGCCUCUUCUUGGAGAAGGCGCCCUUUGUGGAAGGCCUCAGCUACAACCUGAACACCAUGCAGUAUCCCAGCCAGCCGUUUCAGCCCGUCGUGCUGGCCAACUGACUGCCCACCUGCCCACGGGGCCAGGAGCACCCAAGACCACAGAAAAGAGAAAGGAAAGGAAAGGCCAAAAAAAGGAGGAAAAGAAAAAUACACAAAAAGAUUUCCAGUCUUCUCACUCUAACUUCUAGAAACAUGACCCAGCCCGGGCAUGGAGUGGGAGGGGUCCCUGAAGCACUGAACGGUGUUUAGCUCAGCCCCCUGCUGCUCUCCUGCCUGCCUCCGAUUUAUUCGGUUGGUUUGGGUUUUAUAUUUUUUUCUUUUUUUCUUUUUUACAUGUAGUUUUCUAUAUAACAUCUUUAAUUAGUGGCUUCCUGUGCUAAGAAUGGUCCAGAUGUGAAUUGCUGCUCCCUGCUCCCUCCCUCCCUCCCUCCCUCCCUCCCUCCCUCUCUCCCUCCUUCCUUCGCAUGCCUGGUUUAGGGUUGGUGUGUCCCAGCUCACAGGGAAGGAAGACAGUGGCUGGGGCCUGGCCCUCCUCAGAACAGGGAGAGACUGCCCCGUGUCACUGUCUUCAUCACCCAGCUGUCCUCUCACUCAGCCAUCCAACCUCAGCAGGCCUGCUCGGGCCCUGCCACCCAGAUAGGUCUGACUCCAGCCCCUGCUUCCUCUCAGGCCUGGGCCCUAGGGAGCUGCCAGCUGGCCACUUGACACCCUCCCCCUAGAGCUGAAGUCUGUGACUCCAGGGAGGUUAGCACUCUGGUGUCCCUUUCAUCUCUGUCCUGUGGCCCCAUGCCACCAUUCCCACCUGGCCCAGACCAUCACCGAGGCCCUGGAGACCCAGCCAUUGGCACAUGUGGCCUCUCUCAUGUAGCCCCUUCUUUCCUGGGCCUGAGUUCUUGGGUAGGGAGGUGGGGUGAGUGUAGGUGUGCAUGUGCAUGCAUGCGUGCGUGAUUUGCUCUCCUGUUUUAAAGGAUUCCGAGCCAUGUGAAACUUCCCCUCUGGGUGUGAUUCUGGGUCGCAGCAAGUGUUUAUUUAUGUGUGAGGGUGGGGAAUGCAUUGGGGGUGGGUUGUCAGUCCUUUUGUGGGGUGCUUCACGUGGUGGCGCCAGACUGGCUGAGCCUGACGCUUCCAGAGGAAAGCACUGCAGAAGGAACUGGUUUCCAGACUGCGGAGGGAUCUGCACUUUUGUUUGUUUUUGACCAAAAAAAAAAAAAAAAAAGGUUAGCAGUGAGGGGCUGAGGGAAUGCCCAGCCUCUGAUACCUAAGAGAAGUCCCUGGACUCGGACCCUCCUAUUGUGUGACCUUAGCCCAGGGUGGGAAAUGCUUACCUGAGCGCCCUGGGGGGGGGGGGGGGGGGUUUUGGGUCAGUGCCUGUAGUGGGCAGUCCAAAGCCUUGAAUUGAGACUUUGGUCUUUUGGCUGUAGAUGUUGCUUUAAUACAUUUCUUCCCUUGCCUGCUUGAGAACCUCUUGGUACCUCUUGCCAUCCCCUCACUGUCCAACCCAGGCCCACUGGGCCUAAUGCUGAUCUCGAGCAGGCUGGGCUGGACAGGCGCUUGGCCACGGCAGGUGCUGUGUCUGGAUUCUUGAAGAGCCCUCCCCACCUCUGCUGGAGAGAAUUUACCUUGACCCAACCCUAGUGGGCUAGCUUCCACGCCAUGACGCUUUUGCAAGUGGGCACGUAGCAUCAGGGCCCCCAUCACCAAAGCCUUUGGCACCCCACCCUAUCCUCCCCAGUGACCCCAAGUUGGCAACUGCUGUGGCAGUGGAUCCGGCCCAGACGGACACUGCCAGCCUCCUCUCCCUGCAGUGGGCACCAGCUCUACCUCCCCGCGCGGGGCAGUGCCCUGGCUCCUUGGCCCGGCACCGUCUGUCCCCCCUAGACUUCUCAGGGGCCAGCCCCGUCUGGGCCGCCCUCCCCCGAGCCCUCAGCUCCCGCACAGGUGACAGGCCCAGGCUGCUCUCUGGGAAAGGUUGGAUGCUGCCUUAUGCCCCCUUCCAGCUUCCUCUUCCCCCACUCAUGCACACAGGCACCCACCACACCCUGGGCGGCUUGUUCCUCACCACAUACAGGGAGGGGGAGACCAACCCCUUAGUGUCUUUUGAAAUACGAAGAAAAAUGUGUGAUCAGGAGCAUAACUCCUGUGCUGGGCUCUUGGGCCCACUUCAGUCUGUCUCAAAUCUAGGCAUUUUUGCUUCAACUUUAUUUUUUUUUUAAGAAAACAAAACAAAAAUCUGCACUAACUUACCUGGUUUCAUAGGAAAACUUUUUUUUUUAUUUUUUACAUUUUUUGGUGUCCGUUUGUAUUGAAUAAUUUGCUACAUUUGUAAAAUGUAAGAGGUAUAUAUAAUAUAUGUAUAUUUCUAACGUAAAGGUAAUUUUUUUCUUUUCAAGAUUUUUUCUUAAGAGGAGAGAAAGAUAUUUUUUCAGGAAAAACAAACUUUAAAAUAAAAAAAGAGGAGAAUAAAACCUAUUUCUCCCCUUUCCCCAUCCUCUCUCUGUCUACCCCCCUUUCCCAGGAACAAGUCAAAAGGUGGAUCGUCUUGUAAAGGAAGUAAACUUUUUGUCCAGAAUGAUGUCUUUUUCUCAGUGCAGUGAGCUGUAGAUUCUCUAGUUUGACCCCUGGGGAUGGGAAGGGGGGCACUGAGGCAACAUGGAGAGGAGCUCGCGGGAGCAGGGUAAUGAAUUUGUUUUCUUUAGUGAAGGAGGAAUACAAUCAAGUGUUUUGUAUUCAGAAUGUUGUGCAAUAUUUUGGAAUGGAACAUUGGUGUGUUUAGAGAUUUAGUUUAAAAACAAAACAAAAAGAUUGAUCAAAUCUGUACAGUUUAUAUUGUUCCAGAUUUUUUUAAGUUUGUAUUAAAAGCAUGAUAUAUAAUAAC